UCUCUAGGUUUUUGUACAGCUAGAUGAACUGGUGCAAAGUGAUGACCAAGAGUUGGAAUGGAAAGAAACAGCGCGUUGGAUAAAAUAUGAAGAGAAUGUAGAAGAAGACGCCGACAGAUGGGGCAAACCUCAUGUCGCCUCUUUGUCCUUCCACAGUCUCUUGUCUCUGAGGAAGUGCUUGGAACAAGGGACAGUGUUACUGGAUUUGGAAGAAAAUGACCUUCCAGGUAUAGCUUACCGGGUCGUGGACGUUAUGGUGAUAAAUGACCAAAUUCAACCUGAGCACCGUGGACCUGUGAUGAGGACUCUUCUUCUGCGUCAUAAGCACGUGAACGAACGGGGAUUUGCUCCAUUUGCUUUAAAACGAAAUCAAUCAGGAUACUCCAGUCUCAAUCUCCUGGAGCAUGAAAGGUCCAAGUUAACAAAAAUAAUUUCUUCAAAUGGAAGUUUCAUAGCCCCAGAUAUUGCAGGAGUCCGAUCCUUACCUAACUUUUCUUCAGGAUUAUCUGAAACCCGAAUCUCAAUCACAGAGGAACCUGAGGCCCAAAAAGAAAUUAAACAAAUCAUACGGAAUGCCUCACACGAAGAUCUGCCUAAAAUGGAAUCCACCAUUUUACGACGGAUUCCGGAAGGUGCAGAAGCAACAUCAGUGUUAGUUGGUUCUUUAGAUUUUCUGGAAAAACCUGCUGUGGUUUUCGUAAGGUUAGCUGAAGGUCAAGUCCUACCAACUAUCACAGAGGUUUCCAUCCCUGUUCGAUUCAUAUUCAUUUUACUGGGACCAAAGAAAACCGACUUGAAUUAUCACGAGGUUGGCCGUUCUAUCUCCACGCUCAUGUCGAACACGAAUUUCCACGAGGUGGCUUACAAAGCUCAAGAAAGAAAUGAUAUUUUACAUGCGAUUAACGAGUUUCUGGAUGACAGUAUUGUGUUGCCACCUGGUGACUGGGAACGAAAGUCUCUAUUACCUAUUCAGGAAAUUAGAAGAAAGAAUCAAGAGUUGAGAGAACGAAAGAAGAAGGAAAAGAAAGAAAAGGACGACAAUUUCAUAGGAGUUUCUGAAACCCUGAUCAUAACUUCGAUUACUGGAGUAGUGUACUCUUUACUAUCAGGCCAGCCUUUAGUCAUUAUUGGAGUUACCGGACCAAUGUUAUUGUUUGAUGAAAUAUUGUUUAAGUUUUGUGAAACCAACGGGAUUGAAUUUCUUCCUACAAGGGUGUGGACAAGCUUCUGGGUUGUCAUUAUCGCAACGACCGUUGUGGCAUUCGAAGGCAGCGCGUUUGUACGUUUCUUCAGUCGUUUUACACAGGAAAUCUUCGCCGCUCUGAUAUCUCUGAUCUUUAUCUAUGAAAGUUUUUACAAAAUGUAUAAGGUGUUCUUAAAUCAUCCAUUGUUGACCGAUUACUGCCAUUUCUUAGAUAUAGAAACACUAAACACUACUAACCAAUCAUGGUUCGAAAACACCACUGACUAUCGUCUGCUGACUAACGCUACUAGUGAAGACUUUCCUGGUUCGACUGGACUUCCAGAAAACCAACCGAACACGGCUCUUCUUUCAUUGAUAAUGAUGAUUGGAACAUUUUUCAUAGCGUAUUUUCUCAGGCAGUUCAGGAACAGUAAAUUCCUAGGUCGAAAUGCACGCAGGGCACUUGGAGAUUUUGGUGUACCAAUCGCUAUAGUGUUUAUGGUGAUCGUGGAUUCUCUGGCUCAAGACACUUAUACUCAAAAACUGAGCGUGCCUGAGGGAAUGAGUCCUAGUAAACCUUCAGAACGGGGAUGGAUCAUCUCGCCUGCAGGGUUGUCAAGGCCUAUUGCUGCAUGGCAGGUUUUUGCUGCAUUCAUCGCCGCUUUACUUAUCUUUAUCCUGCUCUUUCUGGAAAUUCAGAUUUGCGAGCUAAUCAUCAACAAGAAAGAAAGGAAGUUAAAAAAAGGGUCCGGGUUCCACCUGGACCUGAUGUUGAUCUGUGGUAUGGAGCUGGGAUGCGCGCUGUUAGGAGGACCAUGGAUCUGUGCGGCUACUGUCCGCUCCGUGUCUCAUGUCGCCAGCCUAACGGUGAUGAGUAGGACACACGCCCCCGGUGAAACACCUCACGUUAUAGAGCUAAAAGAACAGCGUUUCACAAACCUUCUGGUGUCCAUUCUUAUUGGGCUUUCUGUUCUGAUGGCUCCUCUAUUACGGAAAGUUCCAGUGGCUGUUUUAUUUGGCGUGUUCCUCUACAUGGGAGUCUCUUCUGUGAGUGGAAUACAACUGUUUGAAAGAAUUCAACUUCUAUUUAUGCCUGUAAAACACCAUCCAGAUGCCCCUUAUGUCCACAGAGUUCGAACCUGGAAGAUGCACACGUUCACCAUCAUCCAGAUAGCCUGCCUGGCUGUUCUAUGGAUUGUGAAGUCUACAGAUGCGGCUCUUGCCUUCCCGUUUGUUUUACUAAUGAUGAUACCCGUCCGUUUCCAGCUCAAGUGUUGUUUCUCAGAGAAGGAAUUAAAGGCUUUGGACGGAGAAGACGCAGAACAAGAAAAGCAGGAAGUCGAACCUGACUUUUAUCAACAAAUUGUGCCUUGAGAGAAAAACAAUUUUUUUUCUGCACCAGUUUAAAGAAGCAUUCUCUGAUAUAGUGACGGAUAAAAUACUUUGGCAAAGAAAUAUAUAUUUAUUUAUUUAUUUGAUAUAAAAAGAAAAUUCAAAACAAAGCAGGGAACCA